CUGAUGCACGUAAAGCCGGCUUUUACGAAGCAGCAGAAACAAUAUUCGUCUCACAAUGGAUUUUUACCGCCGAGUACCAAAGAUCGAACUGCAUGCCCAUCUGAACGGAUCGCUCGGCAACAGUACUUUGGCUAAUUUGCGCGAGUUGAAGUACGGGAAGGAGACACCAAGCGAGAUCGACGAUGGUUUUUACAAAAUUUUACAUGGACAAUCUCUUACCCUGGAAGAAUGUUUUAAGAAGUUUCAGUACGCGCACGAUUUGACCGAUCGUUCGGUAGGACUCGAACGUGCAACACAGCUUGUUAUUGAAGACUUUGCCAACGACAACGUGAUUUACCUUGAGCUCCGGACAACGCCAAAAUCCACAGCACACAUGUCUAAGGAGGAAUAUCUUUCUACGGUGCUGGAAGUGAUAAGGAAAACAUCCGUAAAGCAUCCCGGGAUCAUCGUAAAACUGUUGCCCUCAAUCGACCGAUCCAAGGGCGUCUUGGAAGCGAUGGAAAAUGUUAACCUAGCAAUCGAACUGACCACCCAAUAUCCCGGAACAAUGGUUGCGUUCGAUUUGAGCGGCAAUCCGUUCGGUACACAAUUUGCUGACUUUGUUCCAGCACUGGUAAAGGCACAGAAGCACGGCUUCCGUUUAGCUUUGCACUGUGGCGAGUUUGAGGAUGCGCAGGAGGUAAAGCAAAUGUUUGCACUGGGUGUCGACCGUAUCGGACACGGGACGUUUAUAGAAGGUAGGUAUUGUAGGCAUUGUUUUUUUUUUACUCUGCGUUUCACAACCAUUCCUAUUUUUUAUGCAACAGGGGCAAAUCUUGCCUUUGCUAAUGAACAUAAGAUUCCAUUCGAGUGUUGUCUUACGAGCAAUGUAAAAUGCAAAACUGUCCCUUCCUAUGAGACCCAUCACGUUGCGAAGUUAUUAAAAAUGAAACAACCCGUCUGUGUAUGCACGGACGAUUUCGGUGUGUUCGAAACGAGCCUAUCGCAAGAGCUGCAAAUUUGUGCUAAAACAUUUAAUCUCUCCGACGCCCAGAUAGUGGAGCUGCAGCGAAAUGCUGUUGAGUAUUCAUUUGCUAGUGAGGAGGAAAAAAAGGAGCUGCGUAACAAAAUUGACCAAUUCUCCGAGACCAUGUGUCUAAGCAAUGAUUAA